GGAAGAUUCUUCUGAAGACAAGAAGGUCCUGAAGUACUUACUUCCUAGGAAUCAUGGAUCAGCUCAACCACACAUGGGCCCAGAGUUUCAUCCUUGCUGGUUUCAGUGCCCCCGGAACCCUGCGACCUCUUGCCUUCCUAGGGACCCUGUGCAUCUAUCUCCUCACGAUGGCUGGGAACCUGUUCAUCAUUGUGCUGGUCCGGGCAGACGCUGGACUGUCCACACCCAUGUACUUCUUCAUCGGUGUCCUCUCCUUCCUGGAGCUGUGGUACGUCAGCACCACGGUGCCCACGCUGCUGCACACCUGGCUCCGUGGGCGCUCAGCCAUCUCAGCGGUGGCGUGCUUCAUCCAGCUGUACGUCUUCCACUCCCUGGGCAUGACCGAGUGCCACCUGCUGGGCGUCAUGGCGCUGGACCGCUACCUUGCCAUCUGCCGCCCGCUCCACUACCAUGCACUCAUGAGCAGAAAGGUACAGUUCUGGCUGGCAGGGGCCACUUGGGUGGCUGGCUUCUCAGCGGCACUGGUGCCAGCCAGCCUCAUGGCCACUCUACCCUUCUGCUUGAAAGAGGUGGCCCACUACUUCUGUGACCUGGCACCACUGAUGCGGCUGGCUUGUGUGGACACAGGCUGGCAUGCUCGAGUGCAUGGGGCAGUGAUUGGUGUGGCCACUGGCUGCAACUUUGUGCUCAUUUUAGGACUUUAUGGGGGUAUCCUGAGGGCUGUGCUAAAGCUUCCCUCAGCUGCCAGCCGGGCCAAGGCCUUCUCCACCUGCUCUUCCCACGUGACUGUGGUGGCCCUCUUUUAUGCCUCUGCCUUUGUGGUCUAUGUGGGGCCACCUGGGAGCCGCUCUGAGGGCACAGACAAGUGUAUUGCCUUGGUGUAUGCCCUUCUCACUCCUUUCCUCAACCCCAUCAUCUAUACCCUUCGCAACAAGGAAGUGAAGGAGGCCGUGAAGAGGGUCACUGUCAGGAUUGAGACUAUUCUGAAGGGACCCUAAUGAGCUGUACUGCCAUAGCUCAGUUGCCUGGCCACAAGGGAACCAGCUGGUUGAUUAGUCAGUCAUCCGGUCAGAGUUCAAGUACAUACUUGUGAACAAAUCCAUCAGAUUAUUUGUCAGACAUGCUGAAGAUGCCCACGCAGGGGGACAUAUCUGGGUUAAUCAGAUGUGGAACAUGUAGAGGGAAGGGAGGUGUGUCUUUGAUUCCAUUCCAAUCUGAUGGGGGAGAAAUGGCAAAGAGAAAAAAGGAAAAAACCAGGGGCUCAAUGCAAAUGUUUUUGCUGAACUUCCAACCUGGGAAGACAGAGCAACACUGAGCAGAAGAUAAUCUAAAGCUAAGCGGGGUGUUAGUCCAGAAGAAAGGGUGGGAGAGCAGAAAACAAGCUUGAAGCUAUGGCUCCCAGGUGCAGUGGUGAGCACAGGUGGGGAGGGGAGGGUGGUGGGCUGUCAGCGGGCAAGGGCAGCUCAGUGCGGGGUAGAAUACCCCCACCUCUGGGGCAGGAGGCUGGGAGCUGCACUUCACAGUGUGUUCUUUACUGCAGCAAGAGGUCGGUGGUGACAAUGGGGUGUUGGCUGAGCUCUUGCCCAACGUCAUGGACCAUUCCAGAGAAAGGAUCUGCAGCCAUGCUAAAUAAACAGAAACAGGAACAAAGCAGCAAACAAAGAGCUUUACAAGUCUUGUAGAAUAAGCACUCACAUGCAAAGUAGAAAACAUGUUGAAAGAGAAAGUAGGGUCAUAUUCUGUGUCUUCUUCUCAACUCUCCCUCCCCCGUCCCCCCACCUUCCUGCACAUGUCUUCUACUGAGCAAAGUCUGAAAGUUAAUGCUCAGGCUCAACCUCUGGACCCUGGUGACAGGUGAAUUGAAGGUCCAAUGCCUGUCAAAGCAUGUCAGAGGGUUAAUGACAGACGGGACCUAAAUUUUGGCAGAGCCAAGGCCACUGUAAGAGUCUUGAAUACCCUAUUUAUUUUUCAUUUUUAUACAAGUAACUGCUAAAAAACUCAAACCAAUUAUUUUUGGUAUGUCUGUACUAUGCCAGCCCACAGUGAGAGCUGCUCUCAAAUGUGCAUAUUUAACCUUCAUAAUAUCCCUCUGAAGAAGGAAGAAUCAUCCCAAUAUUUAUGUGAGGAAGAUAGUAAGAUUUCUGGACUGCUGUGAAAAGACAUGGACCCUGCCUGGAUCUGUGGGUCCGUGGGUCUGAGGGUCAGUGUGUCCACCCGGGCAGGCAUGACCUUGGCAAGACACAUGGUCCCAUCCUUUCUGCAUGAGUGCGUGACUGUUUACAUCCCCUCCUGCUUACAGAGCUUCGAUUCCGUGACUACAACAUGGCUUAAGGAGAACUGAGCCCGGGCAAGAACCCUGUGGGUCAGACCUGGACAUCCAACAGAGAGGGGAAGGUGUUGGUCCAAAACCUUGGUUUUACUUCUUUUUAAC